AUGAACGAAGCAGGACUAGCAGAAAUUGUGAAUGCCAUUGAGUCUCUAUAUACAGAAAGAGAUCCACAACGUAUCAAAACACUUCAAGCUCUAUUACAACAGGAACAGAAGUCGCCCAAUGGUUUAUUGAUAGCUGACUUUUUGCUAUCCACUCCUGGUCUAUCACUCAAUUGCAAAUUCUUUGGCGCUUUGACUUAUACUGUUAAUUUGAAUCUUUACAAAACAACACAAGAAAAAAUUAACAUCAUUCAAGUCUUGAAUAGAUUAUUAAUCCAUUUAUCAACUUCCAUAAGUGAACUGAGAUACGAUGGUGUUCAAAACUUAUUUAUAAUAAAGAAGUUGCUUUCAAAUCUAUCAUUGUUUUUCAAUUCUUAUAAAUUGCAAGAUGUUCAAUGGAUUAACCCUUUGAAACCUUUGAUCUUCAUGCUCAUUUCAAAUCAGCCGCCAUCAAUAGAUCAAUUGAAUAUUGAAGUCAACCUAAUGCAACUAGUUGAAUUAUCCUACAAAGACAAAACCCCAAUAAGGCUGGUAUUAGAAUUCUCAUCUGUUCUUGUUGAGGACUUGCUUAAAAUUGGAAAAGAUGCUGAAAAGGGUAUUAUCCAUGAAUACAUACAUUCAAAUGUAUAUGAAAUAACAAAACAUUUGACAGUGUUCACAUUUGAGUCUCAUGAUGAUGAACUUAUACUUCUGGGACUAGAAAAUUUGACCUCUUGGAUUCUUUACAUCUCGUUUGCUCAUAAUAAUACAGCUGUUAGAUAUAAAGAUUUGAAUAACCUAUUACAAUAUGUCGUUGGGUUGUUACAAUCUCCAAAUGAUGAAAUAUCUGACAAGUGCUCAGAGAUCGCAACUGAAAUCUUCGAGAAUGAUCCCCUUUUAAUGAAUUACGAACUAAGAGAACGGUUCAAUAGUUUGAUUAUGAGUCCAUGGAGUUUAUCAAAGAUCAAUGAAUACGUGACUAAUGAGGAUUUUGAUUCAUUAUCAAAUUUUGCAUCUUUGAUUAUUACAUUUUUGGAAAUUGAUUGCAUUCAACUAAGCUCAAAAUUAAUGAAGAAUGAGUGGAACGAGUUUUUAAAAUUUUUGUUGAAUUUGACAAACUUCCCAUUAACCCCAAUUAUACAAGAAACAGUCUCAUUGAAAUUCAUUGGAUUUUGGUGUCAGAUAAUAGAAGUGUUUACGGAUGAAAUGGAUAUGAUCGAAAAUGCUCUAAAUAAUGAUUCAGGAAUUAUUGAUGAAGUGAACAAAAACUUUGAAAUUUUGCUUCAAGAACUCUCAAUGAUCUAUUUUAGAAAAAUCCAACUAACAGUUACAUCUGAUUUUGAAUUUAAACAAAAUAGAGACGCGUUUUUGAGUUUCAGAGGGGAUACAGUGGAGAUAUUUGAAAUGAUUCAUUCCAAACUAGCUUCAUUAUUUGGUACAUUAAUUUCAUUAAUACUAGAAAGUUCAGAUAUCAACCAAAUAGAAGCCAGUUUAUACAUUCUUACAGCCAUCUGUGUCAAUUUCACAAAUAAUUAUGAAGAUUUUAGUACAGUUAUUGGUGUUGAACAUCUAUUUGAAUCAAAGUUUUUGUCCAAAUUUAACGAACUCACAUCAAAAAUGCCACACUCACAAGCAGAACUUUAUGUUAAGACAAGUAUAAGAUUUUUGGGAUCACUAGAGUUUUUUUAUACGAAAAACAACACUGUUUAUUUAAAUUCAGUGAUUGAUUAUUUAUUCACUUGUCUUAAAAAUCAUCCAGAACAAGAAAUUUUAAUAUCUAAAACCAUUAUGGAACUUUGUGACAAUUGCAGAUCUCUUUUAGUCUCAAGUAUACCAAACUUUGAACCAAUAUUAGUUGAAAUGAUCAGAAAUCCAUCAAUCAAUAAUUAUACAAGAGAGAAAUUUAUCAACUCAAUCAGUUGUAUCAUUCAAUCUAUUCCAGAUCCAGAGGCACAAGAAAAUCAUGUUUAUCAUAUUCUAGAGCUCAUAGAAAAAACAUCUGAACCAGCUCUACAAAAAGCUUCUCAAGAAAGUUUGAGCAAAGAUGAAUCUGAAUAUUUGAUAUCAUUGUUUAACUCGUUACAUGAAUUAGGGAAGGGAUUAAGCUUGCCUGAUGACUUUGAAGAGGAUGAACCUCAGCUUUACAAUCAAUUUUGUACAUUUUACAAAAACAGAAACAACAGAAUUCAAGAUAAGAUAGUUAGAUUGGUUAAUUUAUUCGCUAUAGAGAUUCCGUCGUUGGCGAAGAACUUAGAGGUGAAUGAAAAGGCAUGUUUAAUUCUCAAAGUUGGAUUGCUCGAAGAAUUUGGUCCAUUUGCUUUCACAAACAAUGUUGUUCUACAAUUCGCACUAUCGAAAAAAUCACAAGGUAUUUCUUUCCAAAUAAGAACUUAUCUUCUUGAGUUAUUGACCACCCUCAUAAACACUGGGCUGCACUCAAAGGUUGACAGCUCAAAUAUUUUAUCACAGGAUGAUGUCACAAAUAUUGUUGAACAUUUUAUUGUACAAGAUUAUCAAAACAUAUCAGAGGAUCCUGACUUACUACAAUUAGCUUUGAAUAUGUUGACUCAGGUCCUGGUACACAAGCCUGCUUUUCUUCUUCAUAAUGAGAACUCAAUAAGAUUCUCCAUUGAAACUGCAUUGUCAUUGUUGUAUUCUCAUGAGAAGUUUGUCAUUAAAGCAGCAUCAAAAUUCUGGACAACUUUUCUUUCAGCAAGAAAAACAACUAGGGAUGAUUCCUUGUUGAUCCAGCAGAUUGUUGAGUCUGAGCUUGGUCAAACUUUAACCUUCAAAACGUUUGAAGCUUUGAUUGAUGCAGCAAGAUCUGAUGUUGAUACUUACAGUAGCAUCAUCGUCAUACUCUUUGCUAAAUAUCAAUUGAAAUUUAAAGAUUGGAUAAGAAACGCAUUGAUACAGAUUGAUGAGCAGAGAAUUUCUAAUGGGAAAAAACCAAUACAUGAAAAAGAAUUAUUCGUCAAGAAAUUGAUGGUCACAAGAGCAUCAACAAGAAAAUGUAAUGAGCUGAUCAAAGAUUUUUGGAUUACAACAAAUGGAUUAGUUUCAUUUACAAAUUAA